UUGCACUCUCAGCUCGAUUCAGACUCGGAUCCUUCAGUGCUCAUCCAUAGCUGUUCACCAUGGCUUUGUCUAUUUCCUUGGCCUCUUCCAGGAUGUCUGGGGGAUAUGGAGGGUUUGGUGCAAGUGGUGGAGCAAGACUGGGUCUGGGGCUCGGGCGUAGCUCUGGCUUAGGUGGAGGUCUUGGGCUGGGAGGAGGACUGGGCUUUGGAGCUGGUGGAGGUCUCGGCUUUGGCCUUGCUGGUGGUGCAGGAGCUGGUGCAGUAUUGGCACUGGGUGGUGGUGGUGGUGGCGGUGGUGCACUGGUUGCCAGUCCUGCAUUCGCAAUGGGUCGUGCCGUUGCUGCAGGAGGACUCGGUGGAAGCGCCACGCUCGCUGCCGGACCAGCAUCAGGUGGUUCUGUGGCCCCGAUACUUUCCAGAGCGGCUGAGAAGCACACACUGUCUGGGCUGAAUGACCGCUUUUCCACGUACAUGGCCAAAGUACGGGUGCUACAGCAGGAGAACGCAGCUCUGGAGGCCAAGCUGUCCCAUCUGACUGGGGGGACGGAUGUGUCCCAAGAGUCAUCUGUGACUGCCACGGUGGAGUAUGAGGCCCAGCUGAGUGAAUAUCGCAGCACAUUGGAAACUCUCACUAUCGACACUGUUAAACUGGAGAUUGAGCUGGACAAUGUUCGUGGAACUGCCCAUGAACUGAAGGCUAAGCUUGACUUUGAACAAGGAGUGAAGUUUCAGCUUGAGUCUGACAUUGCUGCCAUGAAAAAGGACAUAGAAUUGGCCUCUGACCUAAGAAUUGACUUGGAUGCCGAAUACUCCAGCCUGAAAAAUGAACUGGACUUUGUCAACCAAACACAAGAGGAGGAACUGUCAUCUUUGCAAUCUAAACUGGGCACAACAACAAUGGACACUUCAGUCUCAAUGAUUGAAGUAGACACUGGGAAGUCCUUUGACAUCUCUGCAGCUCUCAACAAGAUACGAAUGGAAUAUGAGAAAUCUGUGCAGCAACACAGAGAGGAGGCUGAGGCGUAUUACAAACUCAAGAUGGAUGAGAUUCAGACGACCAAUGCCAAAAACACAGAGGCUGUGUCAUCAACUAAAGCUGAGAUCACAGCAGCCAGGAAAGAGAUGCAGACGCUGAAUUUAGAGCUCCAAGGGCUUGUAGCCGCAAACAUGACUCUGGAGCAGAGUUUAGCAGAGGCCCAGGCCCAGUCCAGUGUGGGUGUUGCUGAAUACCAGGCACAGAUCGCUAGCCUCACAUCAGCCAUAGAGGUGGCUAAAGCAGACCUCCACAAACAGAUCCUGGCCUAUCAAGAGCUGCUGGACAUCAAACUCGCCCUGGACGUUGAAAUCUCCACCUACAGAAAAUUGCUGGAAGGAGAUGACUUCAAGGUGCCUGAGUUUACAGAGUCGUCCUACACUUUUUCAGCUGGGCAAAUAAAGGUCAAAGAAAUUAUUACAGAGACAUCAGUCAUCUCCGAUGCAGAUGAUACUGAAUCCUCUUGAAUGCUGGGAUGCAUCCAGUCAAUGCAUCCUUGAUGAAUGCAGACCCCCAGCCCAAAUGUGAGGAGUCCCCUCCUUGUUUCUCCAAUAAAGCUGCAUUUUGG